CCGAAGCUUCUCCUAAUUCCUCCGUAUAUAUACCAUACUGAUUUCCCCAACUCUGGUACGCAAGCGUGAAAUUCAUUUUGAUUCAGGUGCAGAGAGUUCUGGAACAUCCAAUCCCCAUUUGUGAUCAUCGUGUUACGACAGCGUUCUUCGUUUUCCCAUAUGUCUUACUCAAAGAGGUCAAGAUACUCUCCUUCACUUUCCCCUUAUGAGAAGCGUCGCGGAAGGUCUGUCUCAAGGUCCCUCUCUAGAAGCCGGUCCAGGUGUGUCUCAAGCGAUGCAGAGAACCCUGGUAACAGUUUAUACGUAACCGGGUUGUCUCACCGGGUGACUGAAAGAGAUCUGGAGGAUCAUUUCUCAAAAGAAGGAAAGGUGACUGAUGUUCAUCUCGUCCUUGAUCCAUGGACUAGAGAGCCUCGUGGAUUUGGUUUUAUCUCGAUGGAAACUGUUGGCGAUGCUAACCGCUGUAUCAGAUAUCUAGAUCACUCUGUUCUGCAGGGUCGCGUCAUUACAGUUGAGAAGGCAAGACGCCGUAGAGGACGCACUCCAACUCCUGGAAAGUACUUUGGGCUGAGAACCUCUCGAGGUCUCCUAGCUACUCUCCCCGCAGGUCUAUUAGCGGCUCUAGGAGUCGCAGUCGCAGUCGAAGCUACUCCUCUGAUCGUAGCAGAUCUCAUUCUCCUAGCUAUCGGAGGAGCGGAAGAUCAUCAUACUAUAGGCGAGGCAGAUCUUACUCUCGUUCGAGAUCUCCAUCACCUGAUGAUCGUUACUACAGGAGACGCGACAGAUCAUACUCACCUUACUACAGGCGGUGGUCCAGGUCCAGGUCCAGAUCAUACUCGCCUUACUACAGGCGACGGCACAGGUCAAGGUCCAGAUCCUACUCGCCUCACUAUAGAGCGCGUGACAGAUCAUACUCGCCUUACUACAGAGGGAGAGACAGAUCCUACUCACCUGAAAGUCGCUACUACAGAAGGUAUGGUACAGGUCGGUAUCGAGAAGCGUAAGCCCAAGGAGGAGAAGCAAAUCUCACAGGCGGGACAGUCCAUCUUCAAUGUGUCAUUCAAGGAGUGCAAGAUCAAGCACCUCCAGAUCUGUCACCCCAUAAGAGUCCUGCUUUAAACAAUUUCUACUUUUGUAUUUGUUAUUAACUAAUUCGGGACAUACUGAUGGCAGAAUGGUAUUGUUACUAUUGUAUGUUAUGAUGGUUUGCUGUUUUCGUUAUUGUGUCAGUUUCCAAUCUUCUCUUGCCUACCAACUAAAGUUUCCAAUGAUGAUGAUUGGUUCUUAAAAGUUGAGGAAAUGGACCUAAAUUAUUUUAAAACAUUUUUUUAAACGCUAUUAAUAAGCAUGAGGUCUUCUAGAUCUAAAAUUUGGGACAUUUUUGUCAGAAAAAUAAUCAACGUUGUGGUAUUUUUGAAACAAACACAUUGUUCGUCUAUAUUUUUGAAUAAUUAAUAGAUUAUAAAAAAGAGGGGUAUAUUGACUUUAACUCAGUAACUUGACUGAAUAAUUUUAC